AUGUUUAUAUUUUUAUUACCACUUUUAGGAUAUAGCUUCAUUUCAUUAUAACUUAAUAAUCUUUUGAUGGAAACAAAAGGAAAAAGCUUGGGAUUAAUAACAAAUCCAACAGGAGUUGAUGAUGAUUUGGUAAUGGUUACUGAUAAAAUAUCAAAAUACUCAGACAUCAAGAAGUUUUUCUCACCUGAGCAUGGAUUGAGAGGAGAAUAAUAGGCAGGAGUGUAAAUAAAAGAUUAUAUUGACCCAGUUACUGGAAUGUAAAAUAUAAUAAUAAUUAAAUAGAUAGGUAAUUUCCUUGUAUGGUAGCAAAAGAGCACCAACAUUAGAGGAUUUGAAUGAUAUUGAUGUUUUAGUUUAUUAUAUUCGAGAUGUAGGAACUAGAUUUUAUACAUACAUUUGGACGAUGACGUAUUGUAUGGAAGCAGCCCAAAAAGCAGGAAUUCAAUUUAUUGUUGUAGAUGUUCCAAAUCCUUUAGGAAGAAAGAUAGAAGGAUGUAGAAAUGAAAUGGAUGCAGGAUUAGUUGGACGCAAGUUUGGAUCAAAUUUAGGAUUACCUUAAAGAUAUGGAUUAACAGUUGGAGAAUUAGCAACAUUUAUCAAUAAGGAAUGGCUUUCAAAUCCUGUUAAUUUAAAAAUUAUACCUUACCUUACAAAUCAAUAUCAAUGGGUAUUAAAUUAUAAUAAAAGAGAUUCUACCAUCUCCUAAUAUGCCAACCAUUGAAACAGCUACUGUUUACCCUGGUUUUGGAAUUUUUGAAGGAACUGAUUUAAGUGAAGGAAGAGGCACUACGUAUAUUUAAUAAAUAGUUAGACAUCCAUUCGAAAUUAUUGGUUCUCCAUUAAUUACGCAACCAGAAGAAUUAGCAAAAACAUUGAAUGCCAGAAAAUUAACUUCAGUAAUAUUUAGACCUGUUUAUUUUUCACCAACAUUUUCUAAACAUAAAGAUGUAAUUUGUGGAGGAGUUUAAAUACAUGUUUUAGAUAAAAAUUCAUUUAAUCCUGUAUUAACAGCCUUUGUCACAUUAGAUGAAAUUUAUAAAGUGAUUCCUAUAAAAUUCAAUUUAAUGAUUGACUAUGAAAGUGGUAUUUCAGGAUUUGCAGAAUUGCUUAAAACAACUACUGCUGAAAAAAUAUAUUAACAAUGUUAAAAUAAUACAAAAGCCUUUUACGAUUCAGUGCAACGUUAUUACAUAUAUUGAUAAUUAUGUUAUAUUAUUCAAG